AACAAAAUUAUAUAAUUGGGAGAGGUUCACAAAUAAUGAAAUUAAACAUGGGGUUUGGGUGAACUGCCUGUGCCUGGCCUCUAUAAAUACAACAAAUUAAAUACCGCAAAUAUCGAUCAGCGAUUAUAUUAGCUCCACUGCUGCAGCAUCCAGAGUAUCGCCGGAACCUAGCUAUGUCGUCUGUGCCACAGUUGAUCGCCUCUGCGGGAGCUCCUAAACAAGGAACAGCACCGCCGGCGUUUGGGCCUGCGGCUGCGGCUGCUACUUAUCUUCCCACUUUGUGGGUUGAUCAUGAUUUCCUCACCCUCAAGUGUGAGCAUGCAUCAACGGUUGAACUUCAACAUGAAGAGUUGAAAAAACAAGUAAGAAAGAUGUUGAAUGCUACUGCUGCAACAGUCGAUCAAGCUUGUCAGAAAUUGCGAUUAAUUGACGCUGUUCAGCGCUUAGGUCUGGGUUACCACUUCGAGAGUGAGAUCGAAGCUGAGUUAUCGAACAUGAUGAUGUCGUCGUCUCCCGUUUCCGAAUCCGUUGCUAAUGAUCUCAACUCAGCUGCCCUCUGGUUCCGUCUCCUCAGACAACAGGGCUUUCAUAAUUUCAAGGAUGGAGAAGGGAACUUCAAGUCCUCAUGGGUCUCUGACGUGCCAGCAAUGCUGAGCUUGUACGAAGCAUCGUUUUUGGCCAUACCGGGAGAAGAUGUCUUGGACCAGGCACUGGCCUUCACUACCCAAAACCUAAUCGGCUCAUCAUCAUCAUCGGCGGCGGAGAUUACGAGCUCGACGAAGCUGGCAGAAGAAGUAAGCUUUGCCCUGAACAGACCCAUCCGAAAGCGCUUACAAAGGGUAGAGGCGAGGCGUUUCAUCGAUACCUACCAAGCGAACCAGUCUCACGACGGUUCGCUGUUGAGGCUCGCGCAGUUGGACUUCAACAUCGUCCAGCAGCAGCAUCAGGAGGAGCUACGUGGGAUCCAGGAGUGGUGGGGAAGUUUGGACGUGACGACCAACUUUCCGUAUGCGCGAGACAGAAUUGUGGAGUGUUACUUUUGGAUCAUGGGAGUGUACUUCGAGCCUAAGUAUCGCCUGGCUAGGAGGCUGCUCACCAAGUUCAUAGCAAUCAUGUCUCUAACGGACGAUACUUACGAUAACUAUGCUACGGCUGAACAGCUGGAAGUUCUCACACAGGCAAUUGAGAGGUGGGACAUCAAUCUCAUAAGUGGACUUCCAGGGUCCAUCAAGAUGCUCUAUGGCUUAUUUGUGUACAUUUUCGAUGAAUUCGAACAGGCGGUUUCAGGAGAAGGAAGGUCUUUCGGUGUACGCUACGUUAAAAGAGAACUAGACAAUGCCCUCAAGGCGUUCCUAAUGGAGGCCAGGUGGAGGGAUGCAAACUACUUCCCGAAGCUAGAAGAGUACAUGCAAGUUUCACUGGGAAGCACCUGCUAUUCCUUGCUCGCUGCGGUUUCCUUCAUCGGCAUGGCUGGAGCCGACGCCGCCACAGAAGAGGCCUUUCAGUGGAUCUCCGGUGAACCUCAGAUGCUCGUCGCCUCCUCAACCGUCUGCAGGCUAAUGGAUGACAUCUUGGAGCAAGAAAGGAAUCACAUCCCGUCGGCCAUCGAAUGUUACAUGGAGAAACACAAGGUGGCGGAGGAGGCGGUGGUGGUGGAGCUUUUCAGGGAGCGAGUUGCUGAUGCGUGGAAGGACAUAAACAAGGAGUUCAUGAGGCCGACGGCGGUGGCUGCGCCGCUGCUGGAUCGGAUUCUGAACUUGACGAGGGCGAUUGAUGUGAUCUACAAGGACGCUGACACCUACACCGACUCAUAUUUGCUCAAGGACCAUGUCGUCUCCAUCCUCAAGGAACCCGUCCGUCUCCAUUAGUGUCUGAGGAGCAUGCAUGU